AUGGAAACCUGUCCCAGUCAGAGGACCGCCAACAUGUUCUGCUUCAUAAUUUACCUGAUUGCACUCAGCCUGCUGGAAGGUACUGAUGCAACAAACCAGACAUUUACCAGUUCUGGAGAGAUGAACAUUACGUCCUGCCCCAUCACCUAUUAUGGGCAGAAAUAUGACAGAGUCUAUGAGGCUGAUGCACAAGUCGAUGGUCUUACAGUUUCUAAACAGAAAUUCCAGACAGCUGAUACAAUCAAUGGCGUAAUCACAGAUGUAAGCGGAUGCAGACUCUCAGGCUUUGUUUAUAAGACAAAUACGACAGUGAGUGACCCAAAUAUAUGCUCUACUGUAACCUGUGAUGUGAGCGGAGUCGCUACUGCCGUCAGUGAUUGUGGUCCCAUGGAGCGUUGCCAAGGCAAUGGGGUUUGCGUGUUGAACGCCAUGUGCUCUGUGACCGGCUCUACUGUCAUCGAUUUCGUUGGCAGAGUUCACUCUGUCCCGGACCGGUGUGGUUACACUCUGAUGGGGUCCUUAUCGUUCCCAGGCUUGCGGAUGCUGGGGGUUUUCCAGGAAAGACGACGUAAAGAUGUUAGUUUUUUGGAUCGUGUGAUGCUGGAGGGUCCAGGUGUUCAGAUUUCCCUGGAACAAGGUGGCAGGGUUAAGCUGAAUGACAAAGUGCUGAUGCUCAACGCCACAGCUCAGGUGGUCCAUGGUGUGGAGCUCUCAAGGGACCAGACAGGAGUCACUGCUAAGAUGUCAGCCUCCAACUACACUGUUUCUGUCCUCUUUGAUGGCUAUACCACAUUAAUCCACACGACAGGACCAAGUGAAGCAGCCGUGGAUGGUUUAUGUGGCAAUUCCACGAGUUCUUUGAAUGACGAGAGGGUUACUGGACACUGGUCUACCGGCUGUGAGACAGAGUAUGAUGACGCUGCUGACAGUACAAUCAACUGCAACACUACAACUGAAUGGUGUAAUCUCCUGAAGCAGGCUCCCUUCACUGCUUGCAAUGAGCACAUCAACCCAGAGCCCUUCAUAACUGCCUGCACUAACACUUUGUGCAAAUACCCUGCAGUGGAUGGUCUCAAGUGCCAGUUCCUGGAGGCCUACGCCAGGGCCUGCAGCCUCCACAGCAAUAUUACGAUGGAGAGUUGGAGGACAACGACCAGCUGCCCUGCUGUCCCUCGGACCUUCUGUAAGGACAGGUUCUGCAGUGCUCAUGAGUUCUGUGGUGAGCGCAAUGUUGGGGAACCCAGCUGCCUCUGUCGGGCCAUUUUUGCCUCCAAGUACAGAUCGACAGGCACACUUGGUGAGCCGACGGUCUGCCAGCAGAGUUCUGCUUCAGUAAUUCUGGCUAAUUGUCUAUUGGAGGACAAGAGCAUCGAUUAUUCUGUCUUACACCUCAAUGACCAGGCCUGCAAAGCUGAAAUGGACAACCUGACCCACAUGGUGAUGUUCAACUACAAUGGCAGCAACACUUGUGGUACAGUGGUCACGGCAAACAACAGUGAAAUUAUCUACAAGAACACCAUCAUGACACGGAACAUCUCCACGUCUGGCCUGAUCAACCGUCACAGCCCAGUGCGUAUUGACUUCUCCUGUCAUUACAAUCAGCCGGAUGUCACGACCUUGGCCAUUAAAAUCAAACACAGCUCUGUGAUCCAGAACAUGACUUCUGGAGAAUGGAAUUACAAUCUGACCAUGAAGGCCUACACCAACGCUGACCGUAUGAUUGCCAUCCAGCCAAGCACCGACAUCAAACUGGACCAGAAAAUCUGGGUGGAGCUUAAGACGGAUGGGCUGAAUGAAAAUAUGGUCCUUGUUGUGACUGACGCCUGCUGGGCCACCGAUCAGCCUUCGCCAAUUGGAGGCCUGAGAUAUGACCUCAUCAUCGAAGGCUGCCCUAACCCUGCUGACCAGACGGUGAAGGUGGAGGGAAAUGGACUGGGAACGUCCAACUACUUCUCUUUCAACACAUUCCAGUUCUCUGGCAAAACUGGUGGAGUCUACUUGCAUUGCAAAGUAGAGCUUUGUGUGACGCAGAGUAAUGCCUGUGCCCCGCUGUGCAACCAGGCUGGGAGGAGGCGUAGAUCUGCCAUGUCAACAUAUGAGGAUGAAAACCCUGCCUUCAUCAGCAUGGCCUGGACUUAG